AUGUUUAAAAGCGGUUCAAGAGGUUUUUUUAAUUCUUUGGGAAAAGUGAAAUGCAACCCAUUGGGCAGGUUUACUCCCAACCAGAGCGGGAAUAGGUAUGGGCCUCCAUUAAAGUCGUCCUUCCCCUUGGGGAGAAUUGUUAAAUAUUCAAUUGGCGCUGUUUUGUUAGGUACGGUUAUCAGCGGUGGUGCUAUUGCAUACAAGGUUUAUCAAGAAAAUAACCCCGUUAAACAGCUUCCUCAAACUCCGUUUUUCCCAGACGGGCAGAAGAAAAAGACAUUGGUCAUAUUGGGUUCGGGCUGGGGCUCCAUCCCGUUAUUGAAAAACUUGGAUACUACUUUAUACAAUGUUGUUAUUGUUUCACCGAGAAAUUAUUUUUUGUUUACUCCGUUAUUGCCUAGUUUGCCCACUGGUACGGUUGAAACGAGAUCUAUCAUUGAGCCCGUUAGAGGUAUUACCAGGAGAUGUCCCGGGGAGGUUAUUUAUUUGGAAGCUGAAGCUACCUCGAUUGACCCAGCUAAAAACGAAUUAACUUUGAAACAAAGUACCACUGUUAAUUCUGGUCAUUCAGGUAAGGAUACGGGAUCCUCGAAAUCAACUGUUGCAGAGUACACUGGGGUUGACGAGAUUACAACUACUUUGAACUAUGACUAUUUGGUUGUUGGAGUUGGUGCACAACCUUCAACAUUUGGAUUACCGGGAGUUGCCGAACACUCUACUUUCUUAAAGGAAAUAAGUGAUGCUUCGACUAUUAGAAAAAGGUUGAUGGACGUUAUUGAAGCUGCUAAUCUUUUGCCCAAGAAUGACCCUGAACGUAAAAGACUAUUACAGGUUGUUGUUUGCGGAGGCGGUCCAACUGGUGUUGAAACUGCUGGUGAAAUACAAGACUAUAUUGAUCAAGAUUUAAGUAAAUGGAUUCCUGAUAUUCAAAAGGAAUUGAAAGUUACUUUGAUUGAAGCAUUGCCCAAUGUUUUAAACUCAUUCAAUAAGAAAUUGGUUGACUAUACAAAACAGGUUUUCAAAGAUACUAAUAUCAAAUUGUUGACAAAUACUAUGGUUAAAAGAGUUGAAGAUAAAAUUCUUAUUGCAAAUCACAAAAACCCUGAUGGUUCUACUUCAACUAUGGAGAUUCCAUAUGGGGUGUUAAUAUGGGCUACAGGUAAUGCAACAAGAUCAUUUACUCGUGAUUUAAUGUCUAAAGUUGAAGAGCAAAAGAAAGCCAAAAGGGGAUUGUUAAUCGAUGAGUAUCUUAAAGUAGAUGGAACCGAUAACAUCUAUGCAUUGGGUGACUGUUCCUUUAGUAAGUACCCUCCAACGGCACAAGUUGCAUUUCAAGAAGGCCAAUACUUGGCAACGUUGUUUAGCAAGAUGCAUGAGAUUGAAUCAGUAAAGUACAAGAUUGAGAAUCCUUCAGCCAGCACCGCGAAUCCUGAAACGUUGGCUAGAAAAUUGGCUAGGUUGGAGAAAAAUUUACCUAAAUUCCAAUACAACUACCAAGGAGCAUUGGCAUAUAUCGGAAGUGAAAAAGCCGUUGCUGAUUUAGUUUGGGGAAACUGGUCAAACAUUACCAGUGGUGGUAAUUUUACAUUUUUGUUUUGGAGAUCUGCUUAUAUCUACAUGUGUCUUUCGGUAAAGAAUCAAGUGCUCGUUUGUUUGGACUGGGCUAAAGUUUGGUUUUUUGGAAGAGACUGCUCCAAGGAGUAG